AUGACAGUCGUGUCGUGCAACGUGAUCAAUGCUGAUGGACACUCCAGGGGGUUAGUUCUUAUGUAUUGCGGUUCGACUGUGAUCCACAAGAUUUCCAUGCCAGAUCCAGUGACUUGCAUCACAUUUGGGAGAUUUGGACAAGAGGAAAACGCUCUGAUCAUGAUUACUACCAACGGAAAAGUAGACAUAAAACUCUUAAAACGAACAGCGACGUUCGACUUGUGUGUUCGCCCGACGUUGACAGCGCACGUCCAAGGUAACUUGAGCAUACCCAAGAGAAGUAAUGUGUUCAUAGAACAGACUUUACGAGAGAGAGAACACUGUAAGGAAAUGCACGUACGAACUCAGCAAACAUGGCAACUACUGCAAAUAGUAGUGUCAAACGAACGGUUGAAUUCGAUCAAACAAAAAGUUACAAGCCAAUUUUUACACACCUCAGCUCAACUUUUAGGUCUAGGUCCACGUUUCAAAAUCCGUUUCUUUUUGAAAAAUUUGGGUAAAGAACCUUUGAUGGGCAUCAACGUUGCGUUUUUAUACAAUGCCCAAUAUCAUAGUAUAGAAUCACCACGUUGCAGGGUUCCGAUUAUUGUUCCGGGGACGGAAAUCUAUUGCGAGACGUUCGUCACUUGUUGCACCUAUGGUGGUUCCGACGACCGAGCAAUAGACAUCAUAGUCAGCCGAGGAACUAACGUGAUGUAUAGAGCUAAAGUCAACAUGCCAGUCUAUAAUAUUCAAACCAGUCAUCUUAGUGAGGAGUCAAACGAUAUUAUGUCAUAG